AUGGAGCCUUAUGAGGACGAGAACCCUCCGAUGGAGGAGACCGAGAAAGAAAGUGAGCACAGCAGCGAAAAGAUUAUCAAUGAAGAGUACAAGACUUGGAAAAAGAAUGCGCCGUUCCUCUACGACAUGAUGCUGAGCACAGCUCUGGAGUGGCCGACGCUCACUACCCAGUGGCUGCCAGAUAAGCAAGAAGUUCCGGACAAACCUUACUCAACCCACCGUCUUCUUAUCGGCACACACACUGCGGGUGAUGCCCAGAACUACCUCCAGAUUGCGCAUGUGCAGCUUCCCAAUCCCAAUGUGCCGAACCCCAAGGACUAUGAUGAAGACAAGGGGGAGAUUGGAGGCUAUGGCGGAGGUCCCAAGAAGCCUCAGAUGGAGAUCAAGUUCAACAUUGUUCAAAAGAUUGAUCACAAGGGCGAGGUUAACAAGGCACGAUACCAGCCUCAAAACCCUAAUAUCAUUGCUACCAUGUGUACAGAUGGUCGUGUGAUGAUUUGGGAUCGAUCAAAGCACCCCAGCCAGCCUACUGGGACAGUGAACCCUCAGAUGGAGCUCCUGGGCCACGAAGCCGAAGGCUUCGGUCUGAGCUGGAAUCCUCACGAGGCUGGUCACCUCGCCACUGGUAGUGAGGACAAGACAGUCCGUCUCUGGGACCUUACCACCUAUACCAAGGGCAACAAAGCCGUUCGUCCGACUCGCACCUAUACCCACCACUCUUCCAUCGUCAACGAUGUCCAGUACCACCCUCUUCACUCAUCUCUCAUUGGCACCGUCUCCGAUGACAUCACUCUUCAGAUUCUGGAUGUCCGCGCUGCAGACACGACUCAGGCUGCUGCCUCCGCCACAGGACAGCACCGUGAUGCGAUCAACUCGAUCUCAUUCAAUCCGGCGGCAGAGACCAUACUAGCUACUGGAUCUGCAGACAAGACAAUUGGCUUGUGGGAUUUACGAAAUUUGAAAACGAAGCUUCACUCGCUGGAGGGUCACGCCGAUUCCGUGCAGUCUGUCUCGUGGCACCCAUUCGAGGAAUCUGUGUUAGCUAGUUCCAGCUACGACCGCAAGAUCAUGUUCUGGGAUCUCAGCCGGGCGGGUGAGGAGCAGACGCCCGAAGAUGCGCAAGACGGACCGCCAGAGCUUCUCUUCAUGCAUGGCGGACACACGAACCGCAUCUCUGACUUUAGCUGGAACCUCAGCGACCCCUGGGUUCUUUGCUCGGCUGCCGAAGACAAUCUGCUGCAAGUGUGGAAGGUGGCGGAUGCGAUCGUGGGCAAAGAUCUGGAGAAUGUCCCGACUGAGGAGCUGGAGGCAUAA